GCCGGUGACGUCAGAGGGAGCGCGGCUUCUCCUCGCGGACGUUGGGUAAAUAAUGACGUCGUCCGGUUUUUUGAAAACGACGGCUAAACCAAAUUAGCCGAGUUACGGUGCUAAUUUCUCUCACGGCUCGUUUCCAUCUGGGUGAGGAGCUUUUUUUUUUCAGAAAGAGGCGCACUGUCUCUUUAAGAUCCCUCGGCCAGUCUGUUUCGUAUUGAUCAAUCCACCAUUUUCCAACACACAGCGGCGGCAGUGCUAACACACAGCUCCGGCAGCGCCACGGAGAAGAGAGCCAGCCCUCUACCUGGAGAGGAAGCCAGGGACCGGGGGCAGUCAUGGCAGCGAACAUGUACCGGGUUGGAGAUUAUGUUUAUUUUGAGAACUCGUCCAGUAACCCACUGCUGAUCAGGAGGAUAGAGGAGCUGAAUAAGACAGCCAAUGGGAACGUGGAGGCCAAAGUGGUGUGUUUUUACCGGCGCAGGGACAUCUCCAGCACACUCAUCGCUCUGGCAGACAAACAUGCAAGGGAGCUGGAGGAAGAGAUGGAGAAUCCAGAGAUGACGGAUCUCCCUGAGAAACAGAAACACCAGCUCAGGCACCGAGAGCUCUUCCUGUCCCGCCAGCUGGAGUCGUUACCAGCCACACACAUCAGAGGGAAGUGCUGCGUGACGCUGCUGAACGAGACGGAAGCCCUCAAAUCCUACCUGGACAGAGAGGACGCCUUCUUCUACUCUCUGGUGUACGACCCUCAACAAAAGACCCUGCUGGCGGACAAGGGGGAGAUCCGCGUGGGGAACAAAUACCAGGCAGACAUCACCGACCUCCUGAAGGAAGAUGAGGAGGACUGCAGAGACCUGGAGAAACUGGAGGAGAAGGUGUGGGACCCCAACAGCUCGCUCACAGAGAAACAGAUCGACCAGUUUCUAGUGGUCGCUCGGUCGGUGGGGACGUUCGCCAGAGCUCUGGACUGCAGCAGUUCUGUCCGGCAGCCCAGCCUCCACAUGAGCGCGGCGGCGGCCUCCAGAGACAUCACCCUGUUCCACGCGAUGGACACGCUCCACGCCACGGGCUACGACAUGACCCGAGCCAUCGCGGCGCUGGUGCCCCAGGGCGGGCCCGUCCUCUGCAGGGACGAGAUGGAGGAGUGGAGCGCCUCGGAGGCCAACCUGUUCGAGGAGGCGCUGGAGAAGUACGGCAAAGACUUCACCGACAUCCAGCAGGACUUCCUGCCCUGGAAGUCUCUGACGAGCAUCAUCGAGUAUUACUACAUGUGGAAGACCACAGAUAGAUACGUACAGCAGAAACGAUUAAAAGCAGCUGAAGCGGAAAGCAAACUGAAGCAGGUUUACAUCCCAAACUAUAACAAGCCAAACCCCAACCAGCUGAGCAACAAUGUGAAGCCGGCGCUGGUCAACGGAGCGGCGGGCGCGGCAGCAGCAGCGGCGACGGCAACGACAGCGGCGGCGGCGGCGGCGGUCCCGGGACCCCCGGGCUCCGUGCCGACCCCCGGGCUGGGCCGAGCCUGCGAGAGCUGCUACACCAGCAGCUCCUACCAGUGGUACUCGUGGGGGCCGCCGAACAUGCAGUGUCGCCUGUGCGCCUCCUGCUGGACCUACUGGAAGAAGUACGGAGGCCUGAAGAUGCCGACGAGGCUGGACGGCGAGCGGCCCGGGCCCAACCGCAACAACCUGAGCCCGCACGGCCUGCCCCUGAGGCACAGCGGCAGCCCCAAGUUCGCCGUGAAGACCCGGCAGGCGUUCUACCUGCAGACCACCGCCCUGACGCGGGUCGCUCGCCGCCUCUGCCAGGACAUCAUCCGGCCGCGAUAUCUGGCCCGGCACCCCUACCUCCCCGUCAACACAGCAGCCAUCAAAGCAGAAUGCGCCCUGCGGUUACCAGACAAGCCCAAAAAGCCUUCGCCGCUGAAGCCCGUGGACCGCAAACCUCUGGAGUCUGUGGUUCGAUAUUUAGAAGCACAUCCGCGUCCAGCCAAGCCCGACCCGCCGCCUCGUGGACCGUCCAUCUCCACCGCCAGCCUGACGCCCAUCAAGUCCUCCCCCAUCCUCAACAACGGCUCACCCACCAUCCUGGGCAAACGCACCUACGAGCAGCACAACGGGCUGGACGGUACUAAAUCCAAAGCUCUGACUCCACAGUGGGACAUCAUGGCCAAACGGGUGAGCGAGGCGGCGCGAGCCUCGGCCUCGUUCCAGGACGAGGUGCACGAGCUGGACUGAACGGCCUCCGCUGCAAAAAAAAAAAA